UCAACGUGUCUCUCUCAAACACACAAGCCAAACCCAAACACAACAACACAAAGAAAAAAAGAGCACAAACAGACCAAUUCCAACGGUUGAAUUUUUUGGCUGAAGACACCCCACCGACGUUAGUCAAAUAAAACAUGUCUUGCUCCGUCGCGGUUUCCAAUUCGCCGGUGUUCUCUCCUUCUUCUUCCCUCUUCUGCUCGAAGCCCUCCAUCAUCUCUUCUUCGCCGGAAUCCCUCUCGCUCUCUCUCUCGCAUCUCAAACCUUCCAACUCUUCUACGACGUCGUCUUGUUCUUCACCCUCUGCUGCUGCUUCUUCAUCUUCUUCUCCUUCUUCUCCGUUUCGGCUUCGCCUUCCCAAGCCUCCCACCGUGUUCUCUGCUUCUUCUUCUGCUUCGUCUACCUCUCCGAACGGCACCGUUUUGAAGAGGAAGCGACCCGCUAGGUUGGACAUACCCGUUUCCUCUCUCACCUUUGCGGUUCCGCCCACGCCCUCCGCGGCGGCGCGUGACUUGGUCGAGGCUGAGGAAGAUGGGUUUGGGGUGUACUGCAAGAGAGGCAGGAGGGAGUACAUGGAGGAUCGUUACACCGCUGGGAAUAAUCUUCGCGGAGAACACAAACUGGCUUUUUUUGGCAUAUUUGAUGGGCACGGUGGUGCAAAAGCUGCUGAAUUUGCUGCAAAUAACUUGCAAAAGAAUGUGUUAGAUGAAGUUAUUGUGAGAGAUGAAGAUGAUGUUGAGGAGGCAGUGAAGCGUGGGUACCUGAACACCGAUUCGGAUUUCCUAAAGGAGGAUCUCCAUGGUGGCUCUUGCUGUGUGACAGCAUUGAUUAGGAAUGGUAACCUCGUUGUGUCCAACGCGGGUGAUUGCCGUGCUGUCAUUAGCAGAGGGGGUGUUGCUGAGGCCCUAACAUCUGAUCACAGGCCUUCAAGGGAAGAUGAAAGGGACAGAAUUGAGAGCCUGGGUGGCUAUGUCGAUUUAUGCCGCGGUGUUUGGAGGAUCCAGGGAUCUCUGGCUGUGUCAAGGGGAAUUGGAGAUAGACACCUGAAACAAUGGGUGACAGCAGAACCUGAGACCAAAGUUCUCCGAAUUGAACCUGAACAUGACUUGUUAAUUUUAGCUUCAGAUGGAUUAUGGGAUAAGGUUGGUAAUCAGGAAGCAGUAGAUAUUGCUCGUUCUUUUCUCGUAGGCAACAACAAAUCACAACCAUUGCUGCAGGCUUGUAAAAAGCUUGUAGAUUUGUCUGUUUCACGAGGCUCUUUGGAUGAUACAAGUGUCAUGCUAAUCAAAUUGGAGCACUAUAUUUAAAGUUACCUUAGUACAACUAAGGUUUCAAGAUUAUUGCAGUUGAGAUCGCAUUGAGGUCAAGAUUGCGUUGCAGUUUGUGAUUUUUGAACAACCUUGGUGGUGCCUGAUGAUGGAUAGAGAGUAGCUGAUUCUUUUCUGUAUAUAUAAAUCUGACUACCUUAUUGGAAUUUUUUGUACCCGCGUAGGGGAGGGAUAUUAACAAUAACAUUUAGUAAUUAUUUUUUUCAUAGAAUAAUUUAUGUAAUAAGCAUAAAGUUAAUUAAUUUAUACAUUAUUUAUUUAGUAAUUCAUUUAUUUUUUACACUGAAGUUUUCUAAUUUGUGAUGGAUUACAGUUUCCCUUUUAAGUACAUAAAUGCAAAAGUUGUUGUAGAAUGAUUCAAUCAA